AUUGGCCAAAGGCAUUUCGGAAGGGGAUUUAACUACUUGAGGGAAAGGCUGUUGCUGCAGGAGCCACAGAGGCAUUGGUUAUAAGGGCCCCUUCAAACUCAUGCCCUGAGCUUGUCAACAGGUGUCAGAGAGAGAAGAAAUAGAGUGACAGAUUCUCAGGCUUUCAGAGGAGGGAGUCACAGGGAACUGCAACGCCAUGACCACUAGACUUCACUGGCUCACAAGAGCCCUAUGCCUGAUAAGCAUACUGUGCACUGUCACUUCCAAGUAUGUGACAGAAGAUUAUUCAUCCCCCGCUGAGAAAGAAGUCACCUUCAGCCACGUCUAUAAGAUUGACCUGGCCAAGAGCCCUGAGUGUAAACUCGCCUUGCAGACCCUCCCUUCUCAACAGGACCAGUUUUCAGGCCUGCAAGAGCUGGAAGGGGGCGCUACUCUGGAGGGGGAAAACAACAUCGUUUUCAGGCACCAAAUCAACCUCAAGACCCCAAAGUGUGACUGUGAUGAGUCGGAGAGCUUUACGUCUCUGCUGUACAGAGUCAACGGGCUGGAGGAGGAGGUGGAACAUCUGAAGAGUCAGUGCUCCCAGGGCUGCUGUGGUGGAAAAGGUGGUGGAGCAGGAGGUGUGGACACUAGCUGUAGUGGCCACGGGACCUACCAGCACAACACCUGCAGUUGUCAAUGCAACCCUAGCUGGGAGGGUCCUGACUGCUCCAUUUCCACCUGUCCUGAUGAGUGCAACGACAACGGCCGCUGUGUGGAUGGCAAGUGUGUCUGCCACGCUGGCUAUACGGGGAGUGACUGCAGCCAGCUGAUGUGCCCAGGCGACUGCAACGAUAAGGGACACUGCGUGGACGGCAAGUGUGUUUGCUUCAGCCACUUCACUGGCGAGGACUGCAGCGAACAGAAAUGCGAUCCCGACUGCAUCCACGGCACCUGCGUGAACGGAAUGUGUAUCUGUGACGAAGGCUUCUUUGGGGAAGACUGCUCUACAGUGUCGGGCCCUAACGGCCUGCGUCUGGUAAGGGUGACUGAUAAUUCUCUGCUGGUGGAAUGGGAGGCUGUGAAAGCAGCAGAGUACUACAUCCUUACCUGGCACCCUGAGGGCAGUGAGGCAGAGCUGGAGCGGUUCACCGUGCCCAACACAGAGACCUCCUACCUGAUCACAGGACUCAGCCCAGGUGUCACCUACAUAGUGCAGGUGUACGCUGUCAUCAAGGAGAUCCAGAGCGAGGGGGACAGGAUCGAGGCGACCACAGAGGUGUCUGGUAUUGAUGGUAUCCGGGUAUUGGGCCAGACUGAGGACUCUAUCCAGGUGGACUGGCAGAACCCUGCAGCACCUCUGGACCACUUCAGACUGACCUAUGCUAACCCUGACGGGCAGGAGGAGGAGCAGCACGUACCAAUGAGUGCAGAGGCCAGGACCACCCACACCAUCGUAGGACUGCAACCUGGCACUGAGUACCUCAUCACAGUGCAAGGCAUCAAAGGGACCAUCGAAGGGAAAGCCUCCUUCGCCACCGGGGUCACAGAUCUUGACGAUCCUACUAACCUCUUGACCAAAGAAGUGACAGAGGAUACCGCUACCGUGGAAUGGCAGAAGGUACAAGCAGAGAUCGACGGCUACGUGAUCAGCUACAGCUCUGCUGAGGGCUCCAGUGGGGAGAUCUCUGUUGGGCCAGACAGCACCUCAUACAGGCUGACUGGGCUGAGGCCUGGAGUCAUCUACACAGUCUACAUCUGGGCUGUCAAGGGCUCCCGGGUCAGCAGGAAGAGCUCCACAGAAGCUGAGACAGAACUAGAUGUUCCUACUAACCUGUUGACCAGAGAAGUGACAGAAGACACAGCAACAGUAACAUGGGAUAGAGUCCAGGCUGAAAUCGACGGAUACCUGAUCAGCUACAGCUCUGCUGAAGGCUCCAGUGGGGAGAUCCCUGUUGGGGCAGACAGCACCUCCUACAGGCUGACUGGGCUGAGGCCUGGAGUCAUCUACACAGUCUACAUCUGGGCUGUCAAGGGCUCCCGGGUCAGCAGGAAGAGCUUCGUUGACGCUGAGACAGAUCUGGAUGCUCCUACUAACCUCUUUACCAGAGAAGUGACAGAGGACACAGCUGAUGUGUCGUGGGACAGACCUUUAGCGGACAUUGACGGCUACCUGAUCAGCUACAGCUCUGCUGAGGGCUUCAGUGGGGAGAUCCCUGUUGGGGCAGAAAGCACCUCCUACAGGCUGACUGGGCUGAGGCCUGGAGUCAUCUACACAGUCUACAUCUGGGCUGUCAAGGGCUCCCGGGUCAGCAGGAAGAGCUCCACAGAAGCUGAGACAGAAAUUGACGCACCAAAAAAACUGAAAGCAUCGGAUGUUAAACUGAAUGUAGCCACCCUGACCUGGACUGCUCCCUUAGCCAGAAUCGAUGGCUACAUCCUCACAUUGAGAGCUGAGGAUGGCAGUUUGAAGGCUGUGGAGAAGAAGCUGAGGGCAGGAGAGAGCAGCUUUGCCAUGUCGGACCUGGAGAAAGGAAAGAACUACAUUGUUACCCUCCUUGCUUACAGAGGACCAAAGAGGAGCAGAGUGAUAGAGAUCACAUUCAAAACAGUGGGUUUGUUGUACCCAUUCCCCAUGGACUGUACUCAGAUUAAGAAGAAUGGUAACGUGGCAAGUGGAAUCUACACCAUUUACGUCAACAGUGAUCGCACCAAGCCCAUGGAGGUGUACUGCGACAUGGACACUGAUGGCGGUGGAUGGGUGGUGUUCCAGAGACGCAACAAUGGACAGAUGGACUUCAUGAAGCGCUGGAGACAGUACAUGGCUGGUUUUGGGAACAUGACUGAUGAAUUUUGGCUUGGUCUGGACAAUAUCUAUGGGCUGACCAAUACUCCCACGCAGUACGAGCUGCGAGUGGACCUUGGUGUGGGUUCAGAGAAGGCCUAUGCUGUCUAUGACAACUUCAAGAUAGCCCCGGCUAAGCAGAAGUUCAAGCUGACCAUCGGUGAAUACAGUGGAACAGCAGGCGAUGCCAUGAGCUACCAUCAAGGUCGCCCCUUCUCCACGGUUGACAAUGACAAUGACAUUGCUCUUGGUAACUGUGCCCUGACACAUCGUGGUGCAUGGUGGUACAAAAACUGUCACCUUGCCAACCUCAACGGCAAAUUCGGAGACAACAGACACAGCAUGGGUGUGAACUGGGAGCCAUGGAAGGGUCACCUGAUGUCUCUUGAUUUCACUGAGAUGAAGAUUCGGCCUGUGGGCACUGCCAGGAAGAGGAGGUCGCUUAGAAGCAGUACAGCUCCCAGAAAAUAGUCCCUCUGAUGAACUAAAGCAGUCAAUGGGAACCUCAUUACAAACCAGGCAAAGUAGCUAGAACCUCAAACCAGGAACAUCAAUCUAUCUCAAGAUUAUUAUAACUUACUUUAUGUUAACAUAUCAUAUGGCUGCAGCCAUAAACGUCUUUAUUUUUCAUAGGAUAUUUGUAUUAUAUUGGUUUAUUUCAUAUAUAUUAUGAACAAGUGAACUGCAACUUUCACUGUAUAGUGUUAUCACAUGGGCAAAGUAAAAGGAUUUCGUAUCUUGGCUCUGUCCUAAAGCGGCAUUCCUCGCAGACGCAGAUUCUUAGCAAAUGACCUCUGUCCUAUUGUACUGUAUAUGAUUACGUUUUAUAGGCUGGCUCCAUGGCAUAAAACAGUCACCAUAUUCAUAACACUGUCUGCUCCUAUUAUACAUAAUCAGUUAGAUUACCCAAUGAUACCGUGUUUUUAGAAUAGUUAUACUGCUCUUGUUCACAUUCAUAACAUAGCAUAGACCCUGACUCUCUGUUCUAAGUUCUGGUCUCUGGCCUACCCAGCCUACAGAGUUAGCUACAUUUCACAUUUCAGAUGUUUUGCAUAAGAAAUAGAAUGUAUGACAUGCUCCUUUGUAAGAUUGGAUUUUCAAGUGUGUAUUGUAAUUGUGUCGUUCCACGAAGAGUGCCUUUUGGGUCCCUUUGAUAUUUUAAGUAGAAAUUAAAAGCCUGCUAUAUUAAAUGAAGUGCCCUUUAAUAUAGACCACAUGGAGAAUUCAAUCAAUCGAAUUCCUAAAAUGAAUAUAGGCUUGCUAAAAUGCCAAAAUUCAGCAUUUUGACAUGUCCCUCCAUCAACCCUGUAUCACUUCUAGGAAGAUUUUAACCGACUUAAUCCCAAAAUGUCUCCAAGUUUUACCAUCAUUGUAAAGCCCUACUUAAAGUGUUGCUAUGACAUUAUGUAUUUCAUGUGAUUAGUGAUUCAUUUACAUCUGUCCCUCGUUUUAAGGUCAACACUUAUGUGAACUGAACAUGGUGAAACUAUUCCUUUUAAAAUAUUUUUUGCAGAAUAAACAUUGAAUAUCUAAUAGUCGAA